AUGAAUUCAAAUUCAACAACAAAUUCAAAUUUUAAAUUUGAAAAAGAAAAAAUUUUACCAUCAACAAAUUCAAAAUCCCCAUUUUAUUAUAAUUUACCACCAUAUGAUUCAAAACCAAUAGAUAAUUUAAUUGAAUUUUUUAAAUUUUGGAAAUAUUUUAUAAAAUCAAUUAUUUAUUAUUUAAAAGAAAUUGUUUUAGUAAAAGAAUUAGAAUCAAAUUUAAAUUAUCAAUUAAUUCAAGCUGUUCAAUUUCCUGGUUGUAGAGAUUUACCAAAUAAAAUUUUACAAGAUAUUCAAUUUAAUAAUCCAAAUUUAGGUGGUACUAUAUCACCAAAAAAUAAUACAACUCCAACAAAAGAAAUUAAAAAAAAUUUAUCAAGUUCAAGUUUAAAUUCAUUAACUAAAACAAGUUCAAAUGGUAAUAAUAGUAAUGGACAAUCAAAUGGAAAUUCUACUUCAAAUGCAAAUUUAAAUAUAAAUCAUAAUGGAUCAAAUAAUGGUUCAUCUCUCUACUCAUCUGCCAAUAAUAAUAAUAGUUCACCACAACUUCAACAUUUACCUUCAAAAACAGGUACAACUCAACCAAUUGAAAAACAAAGACCAGGAUUAUUCAAAACAAAAUCAAAUAAUAAUCAAUCAUUUUUAAAAAAUGCUGCUACAAAUUUACAUAAAAAAAAUAAUUCAUUAACUUCUUUAAGACAAUUAGUUCCAACAAAUACAAAUAAUCUGUUUAAUUCAAUUACAUCAGGAGGUGGUUCAAAUUCUCCAAAUCAUCAACAGCAUUUCCCACAUUUACAUUCAGAAAGUAUAACUUCUCAUUUACCACAUUUACAUCAACAACCAAACCAUCAUCAACAACCACCACCAAAUCCUCCUGGAGCUACUACUCCACCAUUGAAUGCUGAAACUUCAACAAAUACAAAUGAUGUCCGUAUUCCAUCAACGUAUUUCCCAGAAAAUUCAUUAUAUACAAAUUUACCAGCUAUAUUAUUAAGUUCUCAUCAUCAAGCAUUCAACAACAGUUUUAAAUUAAAAAAAGAUUUAAAUUCAAAAUUAAUACCAAGAAUGGAAAUUUUAUUAAAACAAGUUUCCAACAAAAUUAAAGAAAUUAAAUUAAGUUUAAAAAAUGAUGCAUUUGCAAAUACUGAAUUAAGUAAAGAAAUUUCUCAAACUGGUCAAAUUUUAAGUAAAUAUAUGUCAUCAGUUGAAACUUAUUGUGGUAUAAAACCAGUUGUUAAAAAUAGAAGUUUUGAACAAGGAGAUGAAGAAGAAUAUGCUGCAUUAGAUGAUCCUUUACUAGUAAAAUUAAAAGUUGAUUCAAGAUUAAAAACUCAAUUAAUAUUUGAAAAUUAUAUGUUUGCAUCAUAUAUGAAUUUACAAAAUAUUUCCAAAGAUUUAUUUACUUAUAUUUUAAAAGAAUUAAAUUUUGUUGUUGAUAAAAUUUCAAAAUUAGAUUUAAAUCCAAUGUUUUAUAAUUUUUUUAAAACCAAGAUAAGUCAAUCAUCAACAAAAGAUUGGGAAUAUUUUAUAAUGAAUAAUAAUUGUUUUGUAAAUACUUUUCAAUCAACUGAUUUAAAUCCUAAGAGAGAUAUUAGAAAUUUUAAAUCAAUUGAAUUACCAUAUCUGAAAUCAAUUCAAAAUAAAUGCUUGAGAUUUGGUAUAAUGUAUAAAAAAUCAAAAUUAAUGAAAAAUUAUACAAGAUAUUAUUAUGUUUUAUCAUGUAAUUAUUUACAUGAAUUUAAAUUUGAUGAAGAAUUAAAUCAAUCAGUACAAAAGAAAAAUACAAAUAAUUCAGUAAAUUCAAAUUCAACAACUAAAACAAAAGAUAAAAUUGGAGGAUUUAUUGGAUUUGAAGAUGAACCAGUAAAAUCGUAUAAUUUAAAUGAUUAUCAAAUUGCAACAAAAGAUGAAUUAAAUUUUAAAUUUACAUUAACUAAAAUUUCAAAUAAAUCCAAAAAAACUUUUAAAUUAAAUAAUCAACAAGAUUAUAAUUUAUGGUUUGAAGAUUUAUUUGAAUUAUUAAAAUUUGGUAAUAAUCAUUAUGAAAGAUUUAAAUUUAUUGAAAAUAAAGUUGAACAAAGUAAUAAUUUAAAUAAUCAAAAUCAAGGUGCUCCAAAAAGAAAAAACGAUUUAACAAUUGAUUUAAAUAAUUCAAAACCAACCAAUGUCAAUAAUAAUCUUUCAACUCAAAAUGAAGCAUUAUCAGGAAUGUUUACACCAAGAAUUAAAACUCCAAAUCAAUCACCUAAAACUGAUUCAAAUCCAUUUGAUGAAGUAUUUUCAGAUUUAUCAAUGCAGAAUGCAAAUGUAAAUAAUAAAUCAUCAAGUAAUUUAAGUUCACCAAAUUAUACACCAAGAAAUUUAACACCAACAGAUACUCAAUUUAAUAUUAAUAAACAACCACAAGGACAACCACCACCACAUCAACAACAAACUCAACAACAACAACAAGAUUCAAAAGAAAUAGAAUUAUUAAAAUUACAAAAAGCAUUUAUGAAACAACAACAAGAAAUUAUAGAAUUAAGAUCAAAAGAAAGUGAAAAAUUUAAUAUUUUACAAAAAAAAUUACAAGAUUUUAAAAUUUUACAAGAUAAUCAAAAUUCUAAUGGUGAAAAUGAAUUUAAAAAUAAAGAUUCAAAUGAAUCAUUAAAUAGUUUUAUUAACACCAGGAAUAUUGAUGAAAGAAAUUAUAAUCAUAAUCCAAUUGAAUUUAAUAUUGGAAAUAAUAACAGAAGUAAUUUUCAAAAUUUGGAUUCAUAUAAUAAUACUAAUAGUAAUUCAAGUAAUAAUGAUUCAUUUAAUAAUUCAUUAGAUGGUUCAACUACUAAAAUUCCUCAAGUUUUUGUUACUGAAGAUUAA